GGCUGAGGACGACCUUGUUCCGGUUGACCACUGCUGGCCGGGACCUGCCGGUAGCGGAGGAGGCUGCGCCGCCUUCGGAGACCGCAAGGCGCCGGCAGAACAUGGGGUGGCGGCAGCGACUCUACGUACACCAGCGCCCCCAGAUGCACCGACUGCAAGGGCAGUUCCAGCGCGUCAGCCCCGCCGCCACUCCCCGCGCCCAGCCUCGCUUCCCCGUGGGACACAGACAGCUCCACACCUCUGGUGCAUCGGUGCCGGAGAAACUGAAGAGGGGGCCAAGGGACAGGAUAAGCUACACAGCCCCUCCGUCGUUUAAGGAGCAUGCGACAAGUGAAAACACCAGAGGUGAAAUAGCCAGUGAAAUACCCAGCGAACUCAAUGUCAUAAGUAUGGCUAAUCCCAUUGUUGUAUGCAUGCCUAACAGUGCCCCCAUCAUGACCAGCAAUACCAUGCAAGUGGAAGAGCCACCCAAGUCCCCUAAGAAAAUGUGGUCUAAAGAUGAAAAUUUUGAAAACAGAAGCUCUUUGGAGUGUGCUCAGAAGGCUGCAGAGCUUCG